CCAUCUGCCCCAGGAAAGUUUCCCCCGCGGCCGCCGGCGGGAGUUGGCGCGGGGUCCGGCCGCUGCAGCUGGAAGAGUGUCUUCUGAAGCCACCAUCAGAGAGAGACCUCAAGAGAAUCCUGCCACCCCUGAAAGAAAAGACCAGUUGAAAGAGGUGGGCAUCUCCUGGACAGCACGGAGCUUGCAGUGGCAAGAGCUUCUGGCACUGUCGUCAAAGCGACGUGAACCCUUUGAAUUUGGCUUCUAGAAACGUGGACACAACCCUUUUCCAGACGCCAGCCACUGAGGACAAGCCGGGCCAAUAACAGAAUUAUACAGCAGCCCCUCUGACCAGGAGACUCUGUCCUGCUGACGCCGAAAGCACUGCCCAGGUGGAGCCAUGGAAGGUGACUGUCUGAGCUGCAUGAAGUACCUGAUGUUUGUUUUCAAUUUCUUCAUAUUUCUGGGUGGGGCCUGUCUGCUGGGCAUUGGCAUCUGGGUCAUGGUGGACCCCACUGGCUUCCGAGAGAUCGUGGCUGCCAACCCCUUGCUCAUCACGGGCGUCUACAUCCUCCUGGCCAUGGGGGGCCUGCUUUUCCUGCUCGGCUUCCUGGGCUGCUGCGGCGCCAUCCGGGAGAACAAGUGUCUGCUGCUGUUUUUCUUCUUGUUCAUCCUGAUCAUCUUCCUGGCGGAGCUCUCGGCGGCCAUCCUGGCCUUUAUCUUCAGGGAAAAUCUCACCCGGGAAUUCUUCACCAAGGAGCUCACCAAGCAUUAUCAGGGCAACAACGACACAGACGUCUUCUCUGCCACCUGGAACUCGGUCAUGAUCACAUUUGGUUGCUGCGGGGUCAACGGGCCUGAAGACUUCAAGUUGGCAUCCAUUUUCCGACUCCUGACGUUGGACAGCGACGAGGUACCGGAGGCCUGCUGCCGGAGAGAACCGCAGACCCGGGACGGGGUCCUGCUGAGCAGGGAGGACUGCCUCCUGGGAAGGGACUUGUUCCUGAACAAGCAGGGCUGUUACACAGUGAUCCUCAACGCCUUCGAAACCUACGUCUACCUGGCCGGAGCCCUCGCCAUAGGGGUGCUGGCCAUCGAGCUUUUCGCCAUGAUCUUCGCCAUGUGCCUCUUCCGGGGCAUCCAGUAGAGGCGUGGCCUGAAGCCUGAGGAGUCACCCUGCCCACCACUGCCCAGUACUCAAUGCCCUUCUCCCCCCCGGCACCUCUGCUCCUGGGUCCAGGGGUAGGAGGUGAGGCCAUCAUGAGUGGCCAGGAGAAGGGCCAGGGGAAAAUAGCUAUUUUUUUAACAAAACAAAAUGACAAAAAUAUGGACUGAUGUGCCCCGCCUGGAUUCGGGGUGGGGCCGUGGGCUCUGCACCCAGGCUGCCGUCUGCACUAGAGACCAAAGGAACACCCGUGCCCGGCCCCCUCCUCGGCCCCAUCGGACUCCCGCAGCCCUGGGCCCGGGCCCUCUCCUCACAGCCCCGGGACCUGGUGCCAAGAAAGUGAGGAUUUAGGCAACAAGGAGGCAGAAGCAAAUCUGGGGGAGAGGUGGGCAGAGCCCAGGGGCCCACGGACACUGGGUCACCACGUCCUUGAGAACCUGGCACCUCCUCGCAGCCCCUCGUCCGGUCGAUGGAGUUGUCCCUGCUCCUGCUCCGGCCAACAGUGGGCUGCGGACACUGGACCCGAGAAUGGCCCAGCUGGCGGGGUCCGCGCUCUCCCCAGCUGUUGGACCGAAUAUCUGGGAGGCCCAGAGUGUCACCCACAGUCACACCACACAGGCAUGACAUUCUGAACAAGAACUGGGUGGUCUCCGGGGCUGUCGGUCCAGCAGAGCUGCUCACGCCCUCCCGGGCCUCGGCAUCAUGGUUUCCCCAGAAGAGACAGGGCAGCUGGCCAGGAACUGCCUCUUCCCAGUUCCACUGCUAAGAUGAUUCUAGACUCUCCCUGCCCCCUCCCCACCCACGCCGUUUGCCUUCCCAACUCCCCACCUUCUAAGCCCCCAGGAAAACACACACACACACACACACACACACACACACACACACACACGUACACCCCCCCACACACACACUUACACACGCCAGAGUCCCUUUUCCACGCUGCCUGUCUCUGCUCACAAGCCCAUCACUUCCCUGUUCUCCACCAACUCCCUGGCUCCCAGCGCUGGAAGGAGCCCCCAAGAUCACCCGGUUCUUCUCUCCCCACCCAGAACUGUAGCUUGGAUAUCUUCUGCAAGCUCCCUGCCAAGACAUCUCCACCCUCUUCUUGCACACCUCCAGGGACCUCACUACCUCCCAGGACAGCAUUCUGCCUUUCGACUGCUGACUUCAGACUUCCAUUUUUCUGUGGUUCUGCCCAAGGCUCGCUCUCCUUCCCUGAGUGUUAAGGCCACACACUGUCUCCCCCUGCGCCCCGUUAUCACCAGGCUAAAGAAUUCCAAGGCAUCUCAUCAUUUCUGUUGUGACAUCGUUUCCUGCCCCCUCACCAUCCACAGCACAUUUCUGAGUGCUCCCUCCAGGCUCAAGCAAGAAGAGGUCUUCCCACAGACUCACUGACACUCACACAGCUCCCACAGAUCAGCCCCUCAGAACACAGACCUCAGGUUCUAGACCAGUGCUGGCAACUGGAUUACAAGAUGCCUCAGCCCUGCUGAGUCAGGAGUGGCUGGUGGAGGCUGUGCAGAGGAUCUGAGGUUUGGCCUGGGCUUGGUGGGAGAGGGCAGUAUAAUCCCGAUUAUAUAAUCCCGAUUGGUGAUGUCGGCCCCAGGCAUGGGAAUGGGAAGGGUAGCAUGAUGCCUGCCUUCCCCUCCUCUCCACUGUCCCUUCGGGGUCUGGGACAAGCCCUGUCUGUCUCCCAGGCCCUGAGCCAGCUUCCAGCCUCCCCCGCUUCCCAGCGACUGGGGGAGAGAGCUGCAGCCAGGCGCCCAGUGCUCCCCUGCCCUGCCCCCUGCCCCCUUCUGAGCUACACCAGAGCUCUGUGCCUGCUGUAGCGAUUUGGUUAGACCUUCCUCCCAACUCUCCCUUCCCCCUCCCACCCGUCCUCUCCACCUGGGUCUUUCCCUCCUGUACCAGCCUGCCCUGGCAACACCAUGAUGCCACGAGCUCCCUAGCAACUGGGCAUCCCAGGAUCCAGGGGCCCCACAGCUGGUACCCCAGCCCAGCCUGACAAGGGUCUGGGGCCUGCCCCUCCAGAUCCACCUACCACUCAUACACAGCUUCCUGGAAAAGGCAAGUGUCUGGUCUGAGGUUGACAAAAAAAAAGAGAGAGAGAGAAACUCCAGGCUGGCUAGGCAGCACUGGAGGUCAAAUCGGGCAGCUGUGGCUCCAGUGCAGGGCGGCCCAGGGGAAUCUGGGGCCUCGAAGGUAAGAAGUGCCCAUACACGUGUGAGAGGCAGGUCACGGAGGACCAUUGGCUGAGGCAGGGGGGGUGAGACCCCGCCAAGGACUUUCCAGAACGGUGCCAAGGAACCCGAAUCUGACCCUGCUGACCUCCCCAGGCACCGGCCACCCAGGCUGGAAGGGAACCCGGGAUCUGCUCAGGCUGGUAGGUGUUUGCAAGGCUGCCUGUGGCUGUCGGAGGGCAGGGGCUUGGGGCUUGGAAGAAAGCAAGCUCUGCCCCAAUAUGAGGAGCCUCCUGGGCUCCGGCUGUGGUGGUUACAGUUACAGUAUAACCCAUACGUAACAGGUGCUGGUGGCAGCUGCCGGCUGCGGGGGUGGGGGCGGGGGGUGCAGCAGGUAGGAGUGCCUCUGCAGGUCAGGGAAGACCUUACACGGGAGCCCAGCACCCUCCCUGCUCCCAAACUACUGCCUCGGGGAGAAGGGACACAGCUUGGGAGCUGGGGCCCAACCUCAGCCUCCCUCACCCCUCUCCUGUCCAUGCCUGAGGGGCCCGACGGGACACCCCCAAGUGAGCUGAGGCCCCAGCACCCAUGUCUGCAGAAGCCCCCCUCCCCUCCCUCGUGGGCCCCGUCGAAAGUCUAUUUUGAAAAUGGUAAAUGUUCCUCGCAGUAGAUAGCAGAGCUAAUUUAUCAUGUUUAUUCCCGGGACCCCCCUUUUAUAUUAUAUAUCAAGAGUUUUGUAAUAUAAAACAACACCCACACUGA